UGGUCUUCUCCCUUGUGUUUCUUGGGCUUUGUGAAGAGAAAUUCUGGGUAUUUGAUCUUGGCCUUUUCCCUACUUACUUGUCAACUUCCUAGGGUUUCUGAGACAUGGGUUUCAUUUUUGGGCAUUGCAUGUUGCUGUUCUUGGUUUGGAUCCCACAAUCUUUGAGCUUAAACUCAGAUGGACAAGCCCUUUUAGCCUUAUCCAGGAGUUUAAUGCUACCAUCAACAAUAAACUCCACAUGGAACUACUCUGACCCAAAUCCCUGCAACUGGGUUGGUGUUCACUGCAGCAAGAGCCAAAGAGUGGUGUCUCUGAAUCUGUCAUCUGUUGGGGUUUCUGGUUCUUUGGGACCUGAGAUUGGUCAGCUGAAGCAUCUACAAUUUGUUGAUGUCAGUUUAAACAAUGUUUCCGGCUCGAUCCCGCCGGAGCUCGGCAAUUGCACUCUUCUUGAGCAUAUCGACCUGUCGAGCAACUCGCUUUCCGGCGAAAUUCCGGCGGAACUCGGCAAUUGCACUCUUCUAGAGCAUGUCGACCUGUCGAGCAACUCGCUUUCAGGCGAAAUUCCGGCCACCCUUCGUAACCUGCAUAGGCUGUCCUAUCUGUCGCUUUACAGCAACUCGCUUGGCGGAAAUAUACCCGAGUCGCUGUUCCGAAGCGCUAGCCUUGAGACGGUCUACCUCAACGAGAACAAAUUCACCGGCUCGAUCCCUUCGAGCGUCGGAAACAUGAGCAGUGUCAGAUACCUCUGGCUUAGUGACAAUCUCUUGUCCGGUGUUUUGCCGGAUUCAAUUGGGAAUUGUACUAAACUGGAGGAGCUCUAUCUAUUGGAUAACCAGCUCGCGGGUCCUCUUCCGAGUUCUUUGAGCGGCGUAAAAGGGCUUAGAUUUGUUGAUGUUAGUAGGAAUUUCCUGGUGGGAAAGAUCCCUUUCGGUUCGGACGAUUGCAGUUUGGAAGAAUUGACCUUGUCGUUUAACCGUUUCGAAGGUGAGAUUCCGGUAGGGUUGGGAAAUUGUGGUAAUAUGACGCGAUUUGCUGCUGUUAAUAAUAGCCUUUUGGGCCAAAUACCACCCUCGCUUGGCAAAUUGACCGAGCUCUCAAUUCUUUACCUAUCUAUGAACUCUUUGUCAGGGCCGAUUCCCGCUGAGAUUGGAAAUUGCAGAUCAAUGACACAAUUGGAGUUGUAUGAGAACCAACUCGAGGGGCCUAUCCCGAAAGAACUGGGGAAAUUAAGGAAUUUGGAGCGGCUAAUGCUCUUUACAAACUUUUUAACGGGAGAAAUUCCUGUUGAGAUCUGGAGGAUACCAACUCUUGAAAUGGUCCUUAUUGACGGCAAUGACCUCUCUGGAGAGCUCCCUUCGGAGAUGACCAAACUUAGAAAUCUUAAAAACAUUUCUCUCUUCAAUAAUCGCUUUACUGGAAUUAUACCUCAAGGUUUGGGAAUCAAUAGUAGUUUAGUUCUGAUCGACUUCACGAACAAUAGUUUCGUUGGCGGAAUCCCGCCAAAUAUUUGUUUUGGGAACCAACUAACUAUUUUAGAUAUGGGGUUUAAUUUGCUAAAUGGUAGCAUUCCUCCCAAUCUUGGGAACUGUUCGAGUUUGGAAAGGGUAAUUCUUCAAAAUAAUCGGCUCACUGGUUCGAUUCCGGAAUUUGCGGCAGAUUCCAAUAUACAGUUUAUGGAUCUAAGUUAUAAUACAUUGAGUGGUGAGGUUCCUUCGAGCUUGGGGAAUUGCGUAAAUCUCAGCAUGAUAAAUUGGUCGAAUAAUAGGCUUUCCGCAGAAGUGCCAUGGCAAAUAGGAGACCUAGUAAAUCUCCAAGUUCUGAACCUCUCUCAUAACAAUUUGUACGGUCCACUUCCUCUUGAAAUUUCGAAAUGUGCCCAAUUAUAUGUACUGGAUUUGGGUUUCAAUUCUUUUAACGGCUCGAUUCCAGUGAGUCUAACCAACUUAACGCUUCUCUCUCAUUUACUAUUACAAGAGAAUCGAUUCACCGGAGGAAUACCAGAUUCUUUAUUGCAAAUUGAUAGAUUGAUUGAAUUGCAAUUGGGUGGAAAUAAUCUCGGAGGCAGUAUUCCUUCAACAUUGGGCGCAAUAGUCAACCUGGAAAUUCUGAAUCUAAGUGGCAACGAACUGAUCGGUCAAAUUCCACCACAAUUUAGUAAUAUGUUAAAGCUACAAAACUUGGAUUUAUCUCUCAAUAAUCUCACCGGAACUGUUGCUUCUCUAGCUGAUCUGAAUUCAUUGCUUGCCUUGAAUAUCUCAUAUAACCAUUUCACUGGACCAGUGCCUGAAAAUUUUCUCAAGUUUUUGAACUCCUCGCCUAGCUCAUUUGUUGGCAAUCCAGGCCUUUGUAUCUCUUGUUCAUCUUGCAUCGCGAGUAGUGUUCUGGAACGAUGCAGUUCAUCGAGCAGUACGAAAGGAAGUGAUAAGAUUAAGAUUGUGUUAAUCGUUCUUGGGUCAGUCCUCUUUUGUGCGCUAGUAUUGCUCAUGCUUAGUUGUAGCGCUUGCAAGUGUAAAAGAACGAAAACAGAUGAAGGACCGUCCCUGCAUGAAGGGUCUUCUUUCCUAUUUAACAAAGUCAUGGAGGCCACCGAGAAUUUGAACGACAAGUACGCAGUCGGAAGAGGAGCUCAUGGAACCGUCUACAAGGCUUCGCUGUCCCCUGCAAAAGUGUAUGCUAUCAAAAAACUCGAUUUUGCUUCACAAAAAGGAGCAAAUCUGAGCAUGGAAAGAGAAAUCCGAACACUUGGCAGAAUCAGGCACAGGAACUUGGUGAAGUUAACCAACUUUUGGUUGAGAAGCGAUUACGGAUUGAUUCUUUAUGAGUAUAUGGAGAACGGAAGCCUUCAUGAUGUACUUCAUGAGAUUGAGCCCGCGCCAGUUUUGGAGUGGAAACUGCGGUAUAAAAUAGCUCUUGGGAUCGCCCAGGGUUUAGCUUAUCUUCAUGAUGAUUGUAGGCCAGCUAUAAUUCAUUGUGAUAUCAAACCGAGGAACAUAUUGCUGGACAAUGACAUGGAGCCGCAUAUAUCGGAUUUUGGCAUUGCAAAGCUUAUUGAUCAGUUUUCUGCUUCCCAGUGCUCUGCAAUCAUGGGUACUAUUGGAUAUAUGUCUCCAGAAACUGCAUUUACUCCGAGGAGGAGCAAGGAAUCAGACGUAUACAGUUAUGGCGUUGUCUUACUUGAAUUGAUAACCAGAAAAAUGGCUUUGGAUCCUUCUUUUCCCGAAAACACAGAUAUAGUAAACUGGGUUUCUUCUGCAGUGAAUAAUGAUUAUGAAAUUGAAGCAGUUUGUGAUCCAAAUCUUAUGUCUGAAUUAAUGAGCUCUGUCGAAAUGGAAGAAGUGCGCAAAGUACUUUUGCUGGCUGUAAGGUGCACAGCUAAGGAGGCGGGUGAAAGGCCCCCCAUGAGAAAUGUUGUAAAAGAGCUAAUAGACAUCAAGUCAAAUUCUGGUGAUCUGCAGAAACAAAGGAAAUCGUAAUCUGAGGUUCAUGGAAUUUCUUGGCUCUUGCUGGCUUCAUCUGAUUUAUUCAAGUCCUACCAAAUUGCUAUCAAGUCCCAGUGAAGACAAACGGUUUGGUCGGCAAAUAACGUGUUUCUACUCUUUCUGCACUUCAACGUGCAUGCACCUGUGUUUUCAGGAGCUGCUUCUCCGGCGCGACCAAAGCUUCUGCAUACGUACUGUUUAAGUAGAGUUGUUAGAAAUGUUCCUCUAUCAGCAAAAGAUUGAGAUCUCUUUGUUUGUCGAACGUCUGCGUGUUGGUUAUUGGAGAAGAAAAGCUGUUUCAGAAAGCAGGCCGAAUAGGCAAAAGUUGUUGAUAGACAUAAUAGAUGAAUUGAAGCUAGACAUCCUGUUGGAAGAAUUUAUCUUGUCUACGAAUGCUGCAACCUUCGUUGUCACUUGAAAGCGACGAACCGCAGGGCGUAGGCCUUGCAAUUAGUAAACUCUCAUGCUCGCAUAAUAGGUUAUGACUUCAAGUCUCAGAUACAGGGUUUUCUGGGUGUCCUCCUGAAAGAAGGAAACACAAAAAGAGAGAAAAAAAAGUACUUGAAAGCGAUCGGCCGAAUUGAAUUCAGUAUAACCCAGCCCCAUUCAAGAAGCAAGAAGAAUCUGAGCAGUCCUGUUCAGGUAGUGAUGUUUCUCGAGCCGAGCCGAAGUUGCGGGGAAAUUACUUUUGUCUUAGUUUGCUCUUCUGAGUUUUCUGUUGACAAUUUCUCUUGUGAUUAUGGUCAAUUGUAAGUUUAAUUUUGUACUACAUAGCUAAAUUUAAUCAUUCUGAGUGAGAAAUUGUGGCUGGUUAA